GUCCAGUGCAGAGCAGGUGCUCAGCCCAGUCUUUAAAAGAAGUAUCUCUCUCUGUCUCUGUCUCUGUCUCUGUGUCUCUCUCUUCCCUCUUUCUCUCUGUCUUCAUUUCUUGGCGGCUGGAAGUGAAUUGGGGAGCCCUGAUGAAACACUGUCCGGCUCCUGUCUUUACUGCUUUCUCUCCACUCUCCAUUCUCACUGCAUCCAUAUCGACUUUGUAUGUCCUUUUCUAAGUAGCUUUAACAGCAUUAAAACCUCCAAAUUCUCUUGCUCUCUCUUGUGGGAGGUUUUAAGCGUUGCUGAGAUUUGAUCUAUACACCUUCUCUCUCUCUCGUUUUUGAACUAAGUGUGUCUCAGUCAGCGUGAGCUGCCCCAGGGUGGCAAUUGGGGAACACAUGCAGGUUCCCAUACCCCAGGGCGCCGCCCUAUAGGGACACUGUAGCUUUGCUCUUGCAGUGGUGGAAUGGAAAGGAAGGGAUUCCUGUGAGCUCACGGGGGCUCAGGGUGAGCUGGGCCUUUAAGGCCUCCAGGGAAGCUGAAGACCUUGGUCACUCAUUGGACGGCGGUGCUGUCAAUCCUUGGCUGCUGGCAAAUGAGCUUAGAGCCGGCGCUGGAGGAAGUGGCCCUUGGUUGACCCUUCCAAGGUCCGCCUCCCGUCGCCAGCCAGUCAGGCUCUUUCCCGCCCUGUGCGCAGCGGCCUCGGCGCAGUCUCGGUGGGGCGCUCCACAGGCUGGCGGUCUGCCCUUCCCGUGGCGGGGCCCCCAGAGGCAUCUUCGCAGACUCUUGUCCCCCGUGCAGCCGGCUUCUCUGCAGCCCCCACCCCGUGCCGGAGGCCCCGCUGCCAACAGCAUCCCCUCCCUCAGCGAUACUCAGCCCGGCGGCCGCCAUCUUCCCCGCGAGCUUCACUGCAGCCCGAUCCGUGUGUGGCGCGUCCGUCCUGCCAUGUCUGCCACAGAGGAGCGAGGGCCGAUCCCAGGUGGCCAGGCCGGAGCUGGUGGCGGGGCGGGUGGCGACCCCAGUCCCCUCGGGGUCCGCGCAUCCCCUUCGGGAGGGAUGGCUGGAGCCGAGGGGGCCGCGGCCCUUCUGGCCUCCCUGGGGCUCUCCAGAGCCCUUCACGGGGAGGAUGGUGGGCAGGAGGCCGCCCAGGCCGCAGUGGAAGAAGACUGGGAUGUAGAGCUGGUGGAGGAGGAGGAGGAGGAGGAGACGGAGGAGGAGGAGGAGGAGGAGGAAGAGUUUGAAUUAGAGAUCGAGGACCAGGAGGAGGAUGAGUACCAGUCAGAAGAGGGAGACGAAACUGAGGAAGAGGUCGAGGAGGAGGAAGAGACAGAAGAGGAGGACGAGAAUGGGCACGAGGGCGCGGGAGUGGUCGCGGGCCACGGGCCCCCCACGGCGCAGUUUCAGUCCCUGUUCCGGGAUCUGGCCCAUUGCCGUGUGCACCACAGCCACUACAACGACCGUGUCCUGGUCGGGCCCCACGCCGGCCGCGUAAUGGUCAGGCGCCGCUCCCGACGGCCCUCGGACCCUGCAGAGGAUGCCGCGCCUCCUCAGGAGCAGGAAGACCUGGGAGAGGCAGAACCUCCUGAGGGCAGAGAACUAGAUUCUGCUGCUGAUUUUAAAUCGGGAAAUGUUUCCCACCACCUUGUGAUGCCAAAGUCCGUAUCAUUCGACACUAAAGAAGAGAGUGCACAUCAGUAUGAAAAUGCUGAGGAAGAGAAAGAGGAUGGAAAUGAAAAAGCAGAAGAAGGACCCAAAGUGGGUACGGUCUCAGCAGAGGGCAGCUCUGGAGAAUACAGUUGGAAGGCAUAAAAAGAAGUGGACGGCGAAAGAAGAGAUGAAUUUGUUCUUCACGGAUAUUCUAGUUUUCAUUAGCCCACAAUGCAAAUUUUGUUCCAAAGUUCAGCAUCCCAAAAUGAUAUUAACUGACAUCUGACUUUAUUCUUACCUUUUACAGAUAAAUUUGAUAGUAUUGUUCACAUUGAAAAUAAAAGCUUGUUUGACAUGAA